GACCAUCCACUUACGAGAGUGGAAAUCUAGUUCGACUCCGGCAGAAGAAUGCUACCAGUAUUGAUCUACGGCGGUGGCGGAGAAGAGGAGUGGUGAUGGCAGCGGCUGCGCCGCGUGUGGGGACGGAGGCGUUGCAAAAGGGCAUUGCUGAGUUAUAUGACGAGUCGUCGGGGAUAUGGGAGGAUAUAUGGGGAGACCAUAUGCACCAUGGGUUCUACGAUCCAGACGUGCAAUCUUCGAUAUCUGACCAUCGGAAUGCUCAGAUUCGCAUGAUUGAAGAAACGCUCAGAUUUGGCGGCGUCUCAGAGGAUCCAGUUAAAAGACCCAUGACCAUAGUUGAUGUUGGGUGUGGGAUUGGUGGCAGCUCCAGGUACCUAGCAAGGAAAUAUGGGGCCAAAUGCCAAGGUAUCACCUUGAGCCCAGUCCAGGCACAAAGGGCUCACUCUCUGGCUUUGGACUGUGGCUUAGCAGAUAGGGUAUCCUUCCAAGUUGCUGAUGCUUUGAAUCAGCCCUUCCCUGAUGAACAGUUUGACCUGGUUUGGUCUAUGGAGAGUGGAGAGCACAUGCCUGACAAAACAAAGUUUGUGAGCGAGCUGGCCCGGGUAGCGGCCCCUGGGGCCUCUAUAAUAAUAGUAACAUGGUGCCACAGAGAUCUCUCCCCUGGCGAGGACUCUUUGCUGCCAGAAGAGAAAGAUCUCUUGAACAAGAUAUGUGAUGCUUAUUAUCUUCCAACCUGGUGUUCCACUGCUGAUUAUGUGAAUCUACUUCAGUCCCACUCACUUCAGGAUAUCAAGACAGCUGAUUGGUCCGAGUAUGUGGCUCCAUUUUGGCCAGCAGUAAUUCGCUCAGCCUUAACAUGGAAGGGCCUCACUUCGCUGCUGCGAAGUGGAUGGAAAACUAUAAAGGGAGCACUUGCUAUGCCAUGGAUGAUUGAGGGAUACCAGAAAAAUCUAAUUAAAUUUGCCAUCAUUACUUGCCGAAAGCCAGAAUUAAUUGGAUGAUGAAUAAUGAAAGGGUACUCAAUGAAGAUCAUCACCCUUUCAAUUUAGCUGA